AAAUGAAAAACCAGGGUCCCGUCAAGAAAGAACUUAAAAUUGGGGUAUAUAGUAAAUUGCAUCAAAAUUGGAGCAUCGCAAAACCCUCUUUCUGUUUGCUCGGACUCAAAAAAGACCCAUGCUCGCGGAAAGCUAUCUGAGGUUUGCAGUUACUAAGAAGCAUUAUUUGACACGUCUGAUCCAAUGGCGAGCCCUGACAAUGGUGCUAAUAAGACCGUGAAACGAAAUCUCCCUUCUUGGAUGAGUUCAAGAGACAGCGAGAGUAAAUCUAAUGGAAAUGGUGUUGUUGGACCUGUGGAAAGUAGUGAAGGGGAAACACGUGAACAAGCUAAAGAGUGUGGCAAAGAACAUGGUGGUAGUGCACCCUCCAAGAAAAACCAAAGAAACGUAAAAUCUUCUUCAUUGAGUUUGGAUGCCACAAACUUCCCCAAACUUCUGGAAGGGGUUGUAUUCGUACUCUCAGGGUUUGUUAAUCCCGAGCGCAGUGUAUUACGGUCUCAGGCUCUGGAAAUGGGAGCAGAAUAUCAACCUGACUGGAACUCUGAUUGCACCCUCCUCGUUUGUGCAUUUCCAAACACCCCAAAGUUUCGACAAGUCGAGGCCGAUUGUGGAACUAUUGUUUCUAAGGAGUGGAUAUCAGAGUGCUACACCCAGAAAAAGCUUGUUGAUAUUGAAAGUUACCUAAUGCAUGUUGGCAGACCAUGGAGGAAACAAAAUAUUUCCCUUGGAGUCAAUCAAGAUCAAGAAGCAUCUUUGUCUAUGAAAUCUCAGAAGCCAGUAGAAACAAAAUCACGUUCAGGGUCAACUACCUCUGCAUCGUCCAAGAAGAUUGGAGCUUCUAAUCCUGCUAAAGAGCAUUUCUCUCCUUCUAAAGUGAAGAAGUGGGCUACUGAGGAUUUAAACAAAACCAUCUCAUGGCUGGAGAGCCAAGAAGAAAAGCCAGAGCCAAGCGAGAUAAAGAAAGUCGCUGCUGAAGGGAUACUGACUUGUUUACAAGAUGCCAUAGACGUUCUUAAGCAAAAACAGGAGAUCCAACAAAUAACUGAGCAGUGGAACUUCAUUCCUCGGGUGGUUGAGGAGCUGGCAAAGCUUGAGGGCAAUGGAAAUAGUUCGGCCUCAUUUCCUAAGGAAGAUCUUUACAAGCAAGCCAUGGCAUGUAAACGAAUUUAUAAGGCAGAACUUAGCAGUUUAGAUGAUGAUUUGUCAGUGAAGAAAAAGCUGAAGACUGAUAAAAGUGAGAGGAGUAACAAAGAUGUUGUUGCAUGUGAUGCAGCAGCUUAUGACAGUGAUGAAACUAUUGAGAUGACAGAAGAGGAGAUAGACCUUGCUUACAGUACCAUAGCUUCUAAGCUUUCCAAGCCCUAAGCGAAGUUCCCGAAUUCGAGAUGAAGAUUGAAGCUGGUUUAACUUCAUCUGUGUGCAUGUGUGAUGAGAGAGAGAGAUCCACUUGCUGAUGUGCAGUCUUGGAACCAUGUGGCUACCUCUGCAUGUAUCUCCUCUGUUUAUUUGUGUUGUCCAAAAUCUCUUCUUGUACAGCCACUGAAAUGCAUUUGUUUUUAUGUUCUAAAUUUUGUUUUA